AUGUAAGUUAGGAACGGAUCACGGCUUGUCAGUUGGCUGCACACAGCCCAUAAAUUCUCAUCACUUAACUACUGCAACAUCGAAGCAUCAUAAUUGAUCGCAAUGAGUAACAGCUGCGCGAUAUGCAAAAAUCCUUCGGAGCAAAGCUGCUCCCUUUGCAACGAAGUCUUCUACUGUUCCAAAGAUCACCAGAGACAAGAUUGGAAGAAUCACAAGCCGAAAUGCGCACCAUACAAGAUCGUGACAAGUCUGAGAUUGGGUCGUCAUUUGGUAGCCACAAGAGACAUCCCGCAGAACGCGAUAAUCAUGAAGAAAUUCCCUCUGUUAAUAGCACCAAAGAUGGCCAGUUUUCCUGUCUGCUUGGGUUGUCACAAACGGUUACAGAACGACUUCCACGAAUGCCCGAAAUGCUCUUGGCCCCUAUGCUCGAAAACAUGCGAAUCUUCCGGUUACCAUCAACACGAAUGCGAGGUGUUUUCAAGAAAGAAUUACACUCCUCGCGUGCAGCGAUCCAACACCAAGCAAGGAAUCUACUCGCUGAUAGCACCGAUGCGCGCCCUAAUCCUAAAAACAAGGAACAAAAGUCAAUUUGAAUCAUUGUUAAGCAUGCAAUCUCAUCUGGAAGAUAACCAAAACUCUCCGAUUUACCGGAUGUUAAAAGCGUCUUUAGUCCCUAUCUUCAGAGGCUUUGGUAUUGGUGAUCCAGAGGAAAUCCUCACGAUUUGCUCGAUCUUCGAUACGAACUCUUUCGAAAUCCGCGACACCAAAGGUCUCGUCAACAUCAGAGGUUUGUAUCCGAUGGUUUCGUUGAUAUCGCACGAUUGCAAGAUCAACACGAAGCAUAGCUUCCACGGAGAUAACCACGAGAUCCACGUAAUCGCGACUGUUCCCAUUAAAAAGGGCGAGAUUCUGACUACGACUUACACGCAAACCCUUUGGUGCACGGCAGCGAGGAGGGCGCAUCUGAAGCAGGCGAAGAACUUUGAUUGCACUUGCUCGAGGUGCGAAGAUCCGACGGAAUACGGAACGUUCGCCGGUUCAAUCAUCUGCACCAACUGCCACAACGGUUUGGUUGUCAGCGAAGAUCCUCUGGAUGUUAAAGCUGGAUGGAAAUGCGAUAAAUGCAAUCAUCUGCUCGGCCACGAUGAGUUGGACAGUUUGAACGAAGUUCUCAGGCGAGAAGUGUAUUGCAUAGAUAGAAGCGAUCCAGAAAAUUUCGAAAAUUUCUUGAAGAAAUACAAAGACGUGCUUCACGAGACGAACUGUCACGUGUUAGAAGUUAAAUACGCCCUAACGCAAAUGUACGGUAAUCUAGCAGGCUUCAAAUUAGAAGAAUUACCAGAAGAUUUGCUGAAGAGAAAGAUUGAUUUGUGCGAGGAAUUGAUCCAAAUUGCAGACAAACUCGAACCUGGAUCUUCCAGAUUCCGUGGUAACCUUCUGGACGAUCUGCAAGCCGCUUUAGCCGAGAAGACUUUUAGGGAAUUGAAGACCGACGAUCCAAAUUUGAAUAAAUCUAAAGAAGUUUUCAAGAGAUGCUUCGAUUUGUUGGAGAUGGCCACGGAAAUCCUUGAAACGGAACCGGAAACGGAGCAACAUUUGAAGCGGCAAUUGGAGAAUUUAUUGGCUAAAGCCCCAAUAAACACCAAAACAUGACUAUUUUAGAUUUCUUAAUUAUUAU